AUGUCGCAAAGAAAGAACACUUCGCCUAUCGCCGAGUACUGGUGUACGGUCUGUGAGAAGCACAAUAAAAGAAUGGAAGCCGUCAAGUACUGUCACGACUGCGUCACGUUCUUUUGCUUCACAUGCGAGAAGCACGUGCACAACAUGCUGGCCAUUAGCUCUCGCCACAAGAUGGUGGAGCGGAAGGACAUGCCGUCAAUGGCGCGUACAGCCUCCAUCCCGAUCACGCGCUGCGAGAGACACACCGCCGAGCUGCUCAACAUGUUUUGUGCCGACCACGACGAGAUUUGCUGCUUUCUCUGUAAACUCGACCGCCAUAGCGACUGCAAUGAUAUUCAGCACCUUCCGAUCGUGGCCAAGGGAAUUAAGCUGAGCCCGGAGUACCGCGACACAAUGGCCGCCAUCCAGGAGGCGGCCGGAAGCGCGGACCAAGUAAUCAGAGAGUGUCAGCAGCUCGAGGCGCAUGUGGUCAAGGAUGCGAAGAGCAUUGCGGAAAUCAUUGAUGAAUGUUGCGAAACACUGAUUGGCCUCAUCAACGAUUUGAAAAAUGAAGCGAAAACGGAGUUGGCAAAAAGGAAAGAUAGUGUCAUGGAAAGUAUAUCUGCUCAAAUCACCGACUACAGCAAACACAAGGCAUCCCUUGACGCGACUAUUGCUGCUAUUAAGACAUUUGAGGAGGCGUUCAAUGAGUGCCAACUGUUCACUGACCUUAAACAAGGACAAAAAGUCGCAGCGGCGGUUCAGAAAAUAGUGAGUGAACGGGAAACCAUCGCCAAAUAUCAAACUCUUGAAUUCACUUUAUCCGACGAAAUCCAAAGGCUUUUGAGGAACUGUCCUUCGCUUGGUAAAUUUGGAUUGCAUAUUAAAGAUCACGACGACAAACACGUGUGUAACGUGACAGACAUAUGCCAAUUAACAAAUGGAGAAUUCCUGCUAACCGAUACAAGCAAUAAGAAGGUCAAACAUCUUGACGCCAAGUAUCAAAUACGGAACUCUAUUCAGUUCGCCAGCAAGCCACUGGCUGCUUGUGAAGUUGACGCCAGCCAGGCAGCCAUUCUUUUGCAGGAAGGUCGCCAAUCCAAAGUACAGUUUAUAGACACGAAAUCCUCAUUAGCCUGCCUGAAGUCCUUCCCAAUAGGCCUGAACUACACGUGUUCUGGCUUGACGUUCACAGCGGGCGAGCUGUACGUGACCUGCACGGACCACCGCCUCAGGGUGUUCAGUCUUGAUGGUAAGCUCCAGUGGACCCUGCAGAACGACGGUCAUGGGCGCCCGAUGUUCAAAGAGCCGAGGAACAUUUUGCACAACGCAGAACAUCAGGUCAUCCACGUGUGUGACGAUCACAUUGGCGUGGUGACGCUAGAUCUAGAAGGGUUUGUAGUAAAUACCGCCAAGCUGCAGAAGUCGCUGAAAUGCCCGCGCGGACUGAGCACUGACCUGCAGGGAGGUGUGUUUGUGUGCAGCCUGGAGACAGACGCCGUGCUAAGGCUGGGUCCAGAGAACGGAAGUCAGGCGCGCGUGCUCCUCAGGCACAUUGACGGCAUCCAGAAACCCUGCGCCGUCUGCUAUGACAAAAACAGGAAGAAGCUUCUAGUGGUCAACCAAAAGUCAGACACGAUCAAUGUGUUUUCUGUGCAUUGA